UAUGUACGUAGGGUUUAUUUUAUUUGAUUUUUAUUUUUUGCUAACAAUACUAUGUACGUAUAUAAUUCACAUGUUGACUCUAAAAUUUUGAAGUUGCCGACCCUAACCCUAAAAAUAAUCCACUGAAGAUUAACACUUGCUUUUCUUCUUUCACCUAUCGCAUUCUACCGCCGUGAGAGCGUAGUGCAGGCUGCUAAGGCGAAAGCACCGGUAGCUGAGGCACCAUAACAUCAUGAGCAAGCGCGAUUAAUCCCCGAUACAGAGAUUCAACCACGAUUCAGGAACAAAAACGAAACAACCUCCGAUUCGUAUUGGUAGCAGCUGGAAUCGUAUCGAAUCGUACGAUACUAACUACUAUGUUGCGCUAUGUUAGAACUGUAGAGUAAAUAGCAGCAGCAGGAUCUGCAUACGAUAUGAUGCUUCUUCGGAGAAUUAUUGCUGCAUGUCCUCAAUCAAAGAGGAUGUUCAGCUCUUCUGUUACCCAUGGCUAUGAAAGUGCUAUUCAAGAACUCAACAAGGAAAUGGAAUCGGUAUUCGGUGAACCUCCUACAAAUGGACUAGCUAGCUCUGCAAGCAAUAGUCGGUUGAACAAUGAAUCCCAGCUGUCAUCUCCAAACACAGGUGAAAGUUCUUUUGAAUUGACUCAUACUGGCGAAUCAGGGGAAGCUCAAAUGGUAGAUGUGUCUCCAAAAGAAAGCAGUAAAAGAACUGCCAUUGCUGUUUGCAAGGUAAUUCUUGGAAAGAAGGUGUUUGAUUUGGUCUUGGCCAAUCAAAUGGCGAAAGGAGAUGUGCUUACUGUAGCGAAAAUUGCGGGCAUAACCGCAGCAAAGCAAACUAGCAACCUUAUUCCGUUGUGCCAUAAUAUAAGCCUUUCACACGUGCAAGUGGACUUGAGAUUGAAUCAUGAGGACUUCAGUGUAACAAUAGAAGGGGAAGCUGCAUCAACCGGUAAAACCGGGGUUGAGAUGGAAGCAAUGACAGCAGUCUCUAUUGCAGGCUUAACCGUGUAUGAUAUGUGUAAGGCUGCUUCAAAAGAUAUAGCCAUUACAGAUGUAAGACUUAUGCAUAAAUCUGGUGGAAAAAGUGGAGAGUAUUGGUGGACACAAUGAUUGUUUUAUAUGCAUUCCAAUGGAGAACAACAAUUCCAAAAAUGCUAUUCUUCGUAAAGUUUUCCUCACCUGCACGGCUCUAUACAAGAUUUCCCUGUAAUGGGAUGCAGGAAUAUUGGAGCUAGCUUUGUUUAAGUACAUUUUAGUAGGUAAGCUUUCACUCGUCUCGUUGUAAACUGCCAAAUUUUGGCAAGUGAUCUAGAUAUCAGGUCUAAUUUCUUCGACCCAAAAAAUAAAAGGUUUCAGGUCGAAUGUCUUUAACUUAUAUUUAAUAUGAUUAUAAUUUAUUAUUAGUGAAAAAAAUACUAUUAAGGGAUUAUUUGGA